AUGCGACGCCGCGGGAGCGCGACGGGCGCCGUGGCGCGACACGCGCGGUCGUACGCGCGGCAAAAACCCCUCGGCGCGUGUCGACGACAGGCGCGCGCGCGAGAGGGCGGGACGGCGCGGGAGGAGGCGCCGCGCGGGGUGUCGAGGGUGGACGCGCUUCGACACGCGGGCGCGACGUGGUACGAGGUGUUUAAACAGCGCGAGGCGCGAGACGAGAUCGCGAGCGCGUUCGUGGCGGGCGCGAAGAUAGGAACGCGGUUUCCUCGGGCGCCGGGACGGGCGGCGCGACGGGCGUGGGCGACGCUGAAGCGGUGGCGGCGAGAGGCGCCGGUGACGCCGAGCGCGGCGCUGCGACACGCCGGAGGGUCGUGGUUGGACGUGUUGACGCAUCCGGAGUUUAAGACGCAGCUCGGGAAGACGCUGGCGAGGCCGUUUCAGCCGGUGUGGUUGAGGCAAGGCGCGAUCGAUGCGGCGGAGGCGAGAGCGAAGGCGAAGGCGAGGGACGUCAUCGAUCCGUUUGGGUCGCUGCGACACGCGGGGGCGAGUCGAUUCGCGGCGUUGACGCACGAAAAGGUGCGCGAGUAUUACUGGGCGCGCGUCGUUGCCGCGUACGUGCGCACGGUGGUGCGGCAUCCGUUCUCGACGGCGAUGUUUUCGUCCGUCACCAAGUGCGUGAGCUCGGAUAUUUUCGUCCAGAUGGUGCUGGAGGAGAAGAGUUUCUUUGAGUUGGAUUGGAAUCGCGUGGCGUCCUUCUUCGUCCUCGGCGUAACGUACGUGGGGGCGUUUCAAUAUCGUUUGUAUAAUCAUUGGUUGAAACCGUUGAAUGAUGUUUGGCGGCCAAAAUACGGCUUGGCGCUCUCCACGGGCGCCGUCGUCGCCAUCGACCAAGCCUUCGUGCAGCCGUUUCUCUACCUGCCCACGUUUCUCGGCAUUCGCGUCGUGAGCGAAGGCGGGACGCGUCUGUUAGAUCUUCCGAGCGAAAUAUUCGCCAAGUGGAAACAAACUGGGCCGGAAACGAUGACUGCGCUUUGGUUGGUGUGGGUGCCCGCGCAGGCGAUCAACUUUGCCGUAGUACCGAAGCAUUUGACCAUUCCGUGGAUGAACGCCAUCGGCAUCGCCUGGAACGGCGUCCUGUCGUGGAUGACGGGUCGGUACGCGGCGGCCGAGGCGGCGAAGCGGAAGGUGGUCGACGAGGAGGUGAUCGAGCGAGGAGAAGAAACCGCUCCUUGAUGUUUGUGUUUGAUGAAUCUUUAGUUGUCUUCUUUGGUUAAGUUUUCGCGCG